AUGGAUGCCUCAACGCGCCAGUUCUUCGAGAAUAUCCGCCUGGAGCCAAACUGGAUCGAUCAACACCUGAUGUCCAACUUCUCUGGGCUGACCACAACAGAUUGUCAGGCCGAGUGGAUACUGUUCUCAAUUACGCCAUCUCCGGUUCUCGUUCCUUCUGUGCCAAUCGAGUCUCCUGAAACACAUAUCGUUUCCCCUACAUCAGAGGACUAUUUCAUGGCAACUAUGUCAUCCGAGGCUACUGACUAUCGUACGUACGUCGAAGCACCUGAAGGUUCUGCAGAAGCAAGUCACGACCGUGCCUCUUCGAACGAUUGGCAGGACAUUCAUAAACUCUCACCUCGUAAUACUGAAGAGCAAACCACAGAAGUGCCUUCGAUAGAACAACUCAAAGCUCGUGGUAAAGGUCACUACACCUGUCCGCAUGGUACUGCAUGCGACAAAGGCGGUGUUCAACCAGAUGGGCAACUGACUGUCUACGAAAGAAAUUCUGCUUUUAGGUACGUUCCGAAUACCACCUGA